AUGUGCAACAGUGUACAGUAUUCUCCACGCAGACAGAGGAAGAGCGAGGGGAGACCAGAGAGACCCCGGCCCCAGAGCAGGCAGCGGAGAGGCGCGGACGGAGCCAUGGCUAACAUCGCGGUGCAAAGGAUCAAGCGGGAGUUUAAAGAAGUCCUUAAAAGCGAAGAGACAAGUAAAAACCAGAUAAAAGUCGACUUGGUGGAUGAAAACUUCACAGAGCUCCGAGGGGAGAUCGCAGGUCCUCCAGAUACACCGUAUGAAGGAGGAAGGUAUCAACUAGAAAUAAAAAUACCUGAAACCUACCCUUUCAACCCACCAAAGGUACGCUUCAUAACCAAGAUCUGGCACCCUAAUAUCAGCUCAGUAACGGGGGCAAUAUGUUUGGACAUUUUAAAAGAUCAGUGGGCAGCUGCUAUGACCCUACGAACCGUGUUGUUGUCACUUCAAGCACUCCUUGCCGCCGCUGAACCAGAUGAUCCACAAGAUGCUGUUGUUGCAAAUCAGUACAAACAGAACCCAGAUAUGUUCAAACAGACUGCAAGGCUGUGGUCUCACAUCUAUGCUGGCGCUCCAGUCUCCAAUCCUGACUAUAAAGUCAAAAUAGACAAACUUUGUGCCAUGGGUUUUGAUGAGGAUGAAGUAAUAGCAGCAUUGUCUUCAAAAUCGUGGGACGUGGCAACGGCAUCGGAACUACUGAUUAACAAAUGA